CACAGUCCAAUAAGCACAUGAUCACAGAUACACACAGCUAGAGCUCGUAACUUCCCUAGCUUCACAAACAUCACACCGCAUGAAUCUGCGCCCUGGGUUGAUGUUCCCCAAUCCUGACGGCAUCCUGGCAACCCCACGAUAGCGUCGGACCCCAGCCGGGGCUGAGCUUGGCCGAGCACCCGCUCCGUGAAAUGGAGGCUCACCAGCACAGAGCGCUAACUUUAGCAUUAGCUCAUGUCAGCCUCUCGCUGUGCAGUAUACCGAGCACGGAAACCAAGGAAGCGAUUCACAGAGGUGCACAGGUCCCCGGGGGGGGGGCACAAGCCACUCAUUUAAGAAGACUCCUCUACAGCAUCGUGACCAGCAAGUGUCAGAACAGAAAGGAACCUCUGCACCUUCCUCCCCCUUGUGGUCGAGGACUGAAACUGGAGCCGUUUCAUUUCCCAGUUUGGAUCCCAGGCUGGAAACAUUCGGACACCUUUGCUGCUGCGCGUUGCAUUAAUUUGGUAAUAUCUUGCAUAUUUUAGUGUGGGCCAUUGAAGAAAGCAGGAAGGAAGCACGCCAACCACCCUCCCCACUUACCCCCAUCCUAGCCGGUGACAUUUGUGAGUAACGAAAAUAGGAAGUAAGAGCUGGCAUUUUUUGGUUUUCUUUUUGGGGAACUUGCGAGGGUGAUGUCGCGCUUUCACGACAAGAAGAUAUCGUAACCACCCCCCUCCCCCCCUAUGACCUCUCGCUUCUCUCAAAGCAUUUCAGUUUUAGAAAAAGCCCAAGCAAGCAAACAACAAUAAAAAAAAAAGCAAAAAAACUUCUCUUAGUAAAAAAGAGAAGCGUGGAUGGCUGUGAGCUUCAGAAGGGGAGGUCAGUGAGCGUAACCUCAGAGGACUGCCUGGGCACGUCACAGCGGAUGCGGGUGCAUAAGAGAGAGCAGCCUUGGAUGAGGAAGAAAGAGGACGGAUGAUACAGCAGCCAGGCGACAGCACACAGGGCACCGGUGUGUACAAAGUCAGGCAAAGAACAGCACGGCAAGGUGGGAGUCCACGGCAUUCGAUGAGGGCGGUGUCACAGUCACGUCGAAUGUUGUGUUUAUUCCGUUUGCAAUCUGCACCAUCCUGCAAAGCAUGAAACGCUAUGACGCUAUGAUACUUUUGCAAGAGUCACAUACUUAUUUGUGUGCUUUAAGAAGGGGGUGCGUUACUGACGGAUGGCAGAGGAUUGGAGGUCAAAUCUCACCUCGGCUCCCAUCAGCACGUUUGUUGGAUAGAGGUCAGGAGUGUGGUCCUUCAGAAGUUGGGGAGAACAAUGAAUGAGAGCAGUCAAUGGCAUAAAAGGGCGUUUGAUCUGGAGGGCUGUUAUGGGCGUGGUUUCUGCUUAGGGUUUAAAAGCCGGGAUCCGCGGGAAUGUAAACUGCGGCGUCAGUGAGAGAGCCAUCUCCCAAGGGCUGUCUCUUCAUGUCAAGCGAAUAUACAGGUCUGGAACUGCAUGCGGUCCAACCUGACUGGGCUCUUCUGCAGGUUGCCAGGCAACCAGCACCCUGGCAGUGACAUGUUUUUUGCAGAAGAUGUGAAACUCACUUCAAACGCAGAUGGCGCUUUCUGCAGUAUGCGGUUUUGCUUCUGAUGUGAACGAUCUGAACUGAUCGUUCAGUGAUAGAUAUCAGCCCUUUGACCUGGCUUUCCUCAAACGGCACGCAUUUUAUCUUUGGCCUUUUGUACAGUGACUGCUAUGGUUACAUAAUUGAAAAACUCUGUGAAAGUCCAGUGCACAAGCAUGGCAGACAACUGCAGUUCUUUUUUGAGCUUCCUUCCGAGCGUCUGCGAGGUGCAGCUUCCGCUCCCUGCUACAGGAACUGUAAUGCAGGGUCACGAUGACUCUGAAGACUAUCUUAGGAAGCACAGAGCACGAGGCAGGUCACCUGGGGUCAAUCAUAGACACCCAAACUGACAUCUGCCAAUGUCUUCAUGACUUUCAGUUACCCAGAAUCCUCAUCGCCAUGUUGCAGUAAGCAGUGAGCAAAACGUGCAGCUACAGUGAAACAUGCCCAAAAGACGCCCUUUUUUUCCAUUCUGGGAGGGUGCCCUGCAGAGCAGGGAAUCACCCUAACUAUUUUAGAUUCCAUAUUGAUAGGGGCUGUGCGUAUAAUCCCAUCCAAAGGUACAACAGCAGCAUCCUGCUGGAACUUCAUCUUUAUUUACCGCUCCACCAAAUGCUGCAAGUAAUUUCGUCGAGGGGCAACUACAAAAGGAUCGAACACUAGCCCAGAGGCCGGAUUGCAUUGUUUUUUCACUAAACUACCAAAAGUAGUUUACCCCUGUUUACCACUGUGAUUUUUCAAGAUUACGUUGCAUGUGCAUAUGUCUUGCCCUUUUCAGUCUGGCGAGGGUUCCGUAUUCUACACGCACCAGCUCUGACCUCACAUCCUGUGUGUCUUAACCAGCCAGGCCCCAGUCAGCGGGUUAGCGCAUUAGCACACUGUCACGCCGACCUGUCAGGUGUCCUAGCCCUCCUGGGCUCUGCUGCUGCGGCACCUGUAAAUCAUCCACACGCUGCAUUAUUCAUAUGCUUGGUGCUUAGCGUACGCUUUCAUCUGCGGAGAUUUACAUAGCUUAGCAUUUCACGCUUUGCCCAUUUACUCAGCUGGGUAGGUCUUUGUUUUUUUUUAUAUCAAACCAGGCUAAGCAGCUCACUUGAAGGGCACGCCAUCUCUCCCAGGUCAGGUUCCUUGACUACUAUGCUCCCAGCUGCUCAGUGGCUAUUAUAAGAAAGACAUAAAAUUUACAGUACUUAUCUAACAGCGCCCCCUUUAAGAAUGUGUCUUUACUUCUGACGGAAGAGGAGGGGUUAAAGGUGAGCACAGUUCCCAGUAGACCCAUCCAAAUCAGAGUCUGAAAAGGCACAGACAAGCCAACCUUUCAUUCUUCCGGUAACACAAACCCCCAAGUCUACCUCAUACCUCAACGCUGCUGGGAUGAAUCAGUACUACCUGUGCCCCUCAGCUUGGGGGGGGGGCUAUUCCACAAAACCAGAUUUCCCAUUUAGCUGGAUAACUAACUGUGAAAUCUGUCCAAUAGGAAUACAGGUAAGUGACAUUCCUAUUGGCUGCUUACAUUUGGCUUAAGUUAUUUAGCUAAAGAAAUCCUGCUUUGUGGGGUACUACCUGGUCAUUUCUGUUCAGUCUGUAGCUGACACAUCACCCUCUUUGUACUUCAUCUUAACUCUCUUCUGCCUAAUCCGCGACUCCUUCUUUCCCCAUAAAACUAUGACAUACUGCUACAAAUGCCACUAAAUAGAGGGCUCAUUGUGUUCUAAUGACUGUCCUAAUGCUUCACCUCAGGGAUGUUUGAUACAUGAAGAGUAAAAACAACCUAAAACGUGCCGAUCGAUGAGCCUGAAGCUGUCUCCGCUAGCACAGGUCACACCCAGGAUAGGAUGCUACGAAAAAUUUGCCACAGAAAGUCUUCACAUAAAGACCAGCUGGGAGUUUAGUGGUAUGGGUUGGGGGGGGGGGUCAGCGAUAAUGAGCAGGGGCAGGCAGUGUCUUGCUUAAUAUAUCUUCACGGAUCUUCUUCCCACAGCAAAGUAAACAUCUCGAGAUCCUGCUGAAAAAAACAGCUAAAAACCAACCUAUGCUGGUAGCUGGUUUUAGGUGGUCUAAGAUGGUCUAAGAUGGUCUUAGAUGGUCUAAGAUGGUCUUAGAUGGGUUUAUAGGGUCAUGUCCCAGCUCUUGCUGAUCUUUGAUGGUUUAACUGGGUCAGUCACCAGUUAGUUAUGCUGAUGUAGCCAACUUAUCAAGCUGUUCAUGCUAGUAUAACUAGCUCAACCCUCAAAUCAUCAUGCACAAACAUACUUUAAGCGGGUCACGGUGGUAUUUUUGAGCAGGGAGCUCUCACAUAUGCUGAACCCACUUGGAAAGGUGCAAAGACUAUACUACAGUGCCAUCAAAAGACGACGCACUGUAUCCUGGUUCCUCAGCCAGGGCGAGUUUACGUGCAUCUGUAGAGUAUUUCUCUAUUGAUUUUUGAUUCUUCAGCUGCUUAGUGCGGACAAGAAAACAAAUGAGAUACAUUUCUCGAAAUUUGAUGAGUUUGUCAAUAUUUUUCUGCUCACUGCUGCCAUAUAAAGAGGAAGGCAUCUUACAAUCAUCCAGAACCAAGUCUUAUGUCACAAAGAUGGGUGUGGAGCACGUGCAAUCUUGAGCAGAAAGAAGGACUAUUUCGCUGAGCCGAUGUGCCAAGUAACUGACCGAGGAAUAUAUGGAAACUUCUGGGUGUGAUGUCCUUGCUUUAUUGGAAUUACAUGGGAUCCGUCUUUCCCCUGAUGAAACAGCAGCAACCUCAACCCACUGAAUAGGCCCCAGUCUGAAGCGGGUAAGGCUGCUGUGAAACAGAAACAGCCACAGCAGUGAUGGAGCUGACGUCCUCGAUGACGUCAACUGUCAUAAUCUCCCAGCAAGCUGUGCGAUUGGCUCGCCAAGGCCGGAGGACCUCAGGCUAAGCGAAUUCAGCGAAAGGAAGAGAUGAUGUCACACCCGCUAAUCCGGUGCCUUGUCCUAGUAAUUAAAAUGUCACGUGGAGCCCAGGAGGUGGAACAGCAGGAGUCUUAAGUGUCACCGAUCCGUCCAGAGAGCAGCUGCAGCAGGAGAGAGACCAUGGAUGACAGCGAGGUGACGGUCGCAGUCCUGGAGGCUGCAGAAUCACACAAACGAUUCAAAAGGCUAAACUGGUUAGCUGCAGGAAGGAAGUGCAAUUAAAACAGCACAAUUUUAACUAAAACCACCCCAUUCCUCUACUCCAGCCAUACACACUGCUCCAAAGCAUCCACCCAACAUGCUGGGAAGAUAAAGAUGUCCAGUAUGAAUGAGUGAUAGGUAGACAGAAGAUGGAGAGACCUGGGGUAAGAGUAGGAGGUGCGCACUCCUCCGUACUGUAUGUGUCUGUUGUUGUCUCCCCUGUUCAGGUUUGCCGAUCAUGGGGAAUCUCAUUAAGGUCCUUGGGAAGGAUUUAGAAAACUGUCCGCAUUUUUUCCUGGACUUUGAAAAUGCCCAACCCACAGAGGCAGAGACGGCAGUGUGGAACCAGGUCAGUGCCGUGCUGGAGGAGGCCCACGGCAUCCUGGCGGAGCUGCAAUCCUAUAACGGAGCGGGCCAGGAGAUACGAGAGGCCAUUCAGAACCCAAGUGACCUACAGCUGCAGGAGAAGGCCUGGAAUGCAGUGUGCCCCCUGGUGGCCAAGCUGAAGCGCUUCUAUGAAUUCUCCCUCAGACUGGAGAACGCGCUGCGCAGCCUGCUGGAGGCGCUGACGAGCCCGCCGUACGCCCCCAUGCAGCACCUGGAGCGAGAGCAGGCGCUGGCCAAGCAGUUCGCUGAGAUCCUUCACUUCACGCUCAGCUUCGACGAGCUGAAGAUGACCAACCCAGCCAUCCAAAAUGAUUUCAGCUAUUACAGGAGGACCAUCAGCAGGAACAGGUUAAAUAACCAGCAGCUGGAUGCCGAAAACGAGGUGAACAAUGAGAUGGCCAAUCGGAUGUCACUGUUCUAUGCAGAGGCCACGCCCAUGCUGAAGACACUCAGCAAUGCCACCACCAAAUUCGUGUCAGAGAACAAAACGCUGCCAAUCGAAGACACGACGGACUGCCUGAGCACCAUGGCCUGCGUGUGCCGAGUCAUGCUGGAGACGCCGGAGUAUCGCUGCCGUUUUACCAACACAGACACCAUGCUCUUCUGCAUGCGGGUCAUGGUGGGCGUCAUAAUCCUCUACGACCACGUCCACCCAGUGGGCGCCUUUGCCAAGACCUCCAAGAUCGAUAUGAAAGGCUGCAUCAAGGUGUUGAAAGAGCAAGAUUCCAACAGCGUGGAAGGGCUUCUAAAUGCUUUGAAGUACACGACGAGGCACCUAAAUGACGAUAGCACCUCCAAACAAAUCAGAGCCAUGCUGCAAUGAGUGCAGGGGGGGGAUGGGAGAGCGGGGGUGAGCUCGGGAUCGAUGGUGAGAGAAAGAAAGAGGGGAGACUGCGGAGGGAAAGAGGAGGGCUGGGAAGAGGUUACGGGCGACCCUGACUCUGAGGCCCGUUAGUUUACAUGAACGACAUGCAGAACCAUUCGUGUCAAUAACUGGAAGGAGAGAAAAUGAUAUAUAUAUAUACAUAUAUAUAUAUAUAUAUAUAUAUAUAUAUAUAUAUAUAUAUAUAGUCGACUGCUCAUCUCCAUGUCUCUCAUUUUAUACAAAAAAGAAACAAAAAAAUAGAGAUAUAUAUUAAAGUGAAAACAUAAAAAACAAAAUGUAUGACAUAAAUAGGACAAAAGAAGAGAAAUUAUAUUAGAAAUUUUAAGGUUAAGAAAUGGAAAACGAAAGUCCAUAUUCCAAUUUAAGAAAAGUAUUUUUGCACUCGUAAAGAAAUCAAUGCCAUCACUAUCGUUUCACUGUAAAGGCAAAAAAAGGCGAGAAAUGAAGUGUACAGUCAAAUCCUACUUACUUGCAUUCUGAUUUCAUUUGAUUUGGUAUCAUGGCCUCAUCUUACCCAUAAUCCUCGGCCGCCAUUGGUAGUGCCUCAUGCCGAUUGGCUGGCGCGCUUUCCUUACUUGGUACAGAAGACAGACGUCCAACAGGGCCACAGUCUCUCCAGCUGACUUUUCACAUCGAUGCAGACAGGACAGGACAGUCAAAUAUAUAAAUAUCAGAUUUUGCGUUUUGUAAAAGGAAGCCUGUGUUAUGACAUUGUUAGACAAUGUUAGACACAAGAAACUAUUUUCUGGGUAUUACAAAAAAAAAAAAACCUAAUCCAGUGAACUGCUAUAAACUGCUGUUUGUAUGAUAAAAGCACACUUUAAACUUGAUUAAUGAUCUUGUAUGGAGUUUGAAUACAAUUCCGGUUAAGUGCUCUGGUUUUUUCUUUCCAUUUUCUUGUGCAAAAACAUGUUUACGGCAGUAAUAAUCUCCUUAAGGCCUUUACCAAACGGAAAAGAAGGUUGCGAUCAGACUAAGAGCAUGAAGACAGUGAACCGAAGGAUAUCAGAAUGUCACCCUGCACCUUACGUGUCUGGGCCUGCACUCCUUCCUUAAACGUCUUCAAGAUGAACUUCCAACGGUGCUACUACACUUAAGGCUAAAUGAAUGCCAGAGAUCGUCGGCAUGUGGGCGGGUCAUAGGUCAAGAGGUCACGUGCAGGACAUUCCACUGGAUUCCACCACGCUGGAGUCCCACCACUGCUGGUCACGUUCCUUCAUCUCAGAUGCUUCUAUUCUAUCCGCCCCCCCGUCCCCAGCUGGUGGGUGUGCCACACAUUUCUCCAGCAGGAUGUGUGCUGAGGCUGUUCAUGUAUCCGCAGUCAUAUUUUCAGGGGGUUAGAAUCUGCAACUCCCCUCCCCUCCCUGAAUGCACAUCCUGCUCACUACUAUGCCACCUGCUGGCCCAUAUCCCCAACUGCGAUGGUUACCCAUCAUUGCACCAACAUUAACAACAUCAUUAGCUAAAUCGGGCCACAAGCUGUGCCAAAGUAAUCAUCAUUCAGCCUGGAAUGCUGGAAUCAUUUAUAUGACAUUAGAGGGCAUUCAGAUCGCCGGUAGCCAUCUUGAAAAAUCAAAUGUAUUUUGAUGGCAACAGGAGGACAUGGAGCAGCUUAGCAACGCCUUCCCCAUUCUGGGGCUGAAGGCACAGAAGGAGACCAGGGCAAGGCUUAACACCCACCAGUAGGGGGCAGUAUUGUAAACAGGGGAUGGAGGAGCAUAGGCAUCCCGUGGCAUACAUGUACGUAAACUGGAUCGGUAAUGGAAAUAGUGUGCUUAUGAUCUACUAAAGAGUCUACCUUUUAGUGUGAGGCAAGCAAUGAAGGUAAAUCCACAAGGAAAUAAAAUUAUGAUGAUAUUAAUAAUAAAUUCAAAGGAGACAAGCAUUUCUGUACUGUGGAUGUCCAUAGUCCUUAGAAAGUCUAACUUAAUUUGAUCUUAUAACAUAUAUUUCAAAUACAGGUAUGUGUACAUGCAUAUGCUGUAUAAAUAUAUAGAUGGCAUGUUGUAAGUUCUGACGUGUAAAUACCGUGUCUUUAACCACUUUUCUUGUUCAGUGAAUCUGGGUUGGGUAUGUGUCGUCUCUCCCAUGCGUUUGGCUUGGACCUUUGGACUUAGUCACACACUUUGGAUUUAAAACUUCAUAUUGACGAACGGAACAGAGAAGAGAGUGUCCAUUUGCUUGUUAUUUUGUACAUUUUGUGCAACAAUAAACUUGUCAUUUAUUACAUUCAA